AUGUUCAAAACAACCAACCAGAUCAAAAUCAUCAACACGCAGUUCUCUGCCAUCCUCGUCACUCUCGUCGCCGCCGUCAGCGUCUCUGCCAGCCUGGCUCCCGCUGUGCGCGCCGCUGCUGAGCUCCAGGGACCCAACCUCGAGAGCCGUGACCCCAAGCCUUGCUCUGGCAACCCGGGCUGCGACUGCCUGGGGGUUGUUCUUGGCAAUCAGCUAUACCUCCUCGACACUAUCGCAUCGCUUGCGAUAGGCAAAUGGAUGCCCGCAGACUGCGUUGAAGACCAGGGUGUAGCAACCGGAACAGCCCGGCCCCUUCUGAUCUGCGAGAAGUCAAGCUCGGUCCGCUGA